AGUGCUGUUAACGUUCACAUUCUGUGUCCGGACAACAGCAAGCAACACACGGUCCAGGGAGACUGAACAAAUUGAGGAGAAGGAGAACACCUUUUUUUCCAUUCUGAUACAAGGACACGUAUGAAGGUUUCAUGUAGACUCACUGUGAACUGGGAUUAAGAAACAUUUAUUUUCGUUUGGAGUUAUAACUUUCAGGAAAGACAGGAAGAUGUUGCUAAAUAUAAAACACAUAUUGUGGUUGAUCUGCAUAUACCAAACAACGACUGAACCUGUCUCUAGCACGAUAUUGGUGAUGCGUCCUGUCAGCGGCUUGUUGUCUGGGAAAGUGACCCUUCCGUGUUCCUUCUCCAUCAUCCCCACUGUUGGACCUAGAAACAGAAAUGCCUCAGGAACAGAUUACCUACGCAUCAAAUGGACCAAAAUUGAGGGUGGUGUUGAGACGACUGUUCUUGUAACUCAGAAUGGCGUCAUUAGGAUUGGUUCGGGAUACAGAAGCCGUGUAUCCGUGCAGAGUCACCCAGAAGACAUUGGGGAUGCUUCUCUGACUUUGGUGAAGCUCCGGGCCAGUGAUGCUGGAACAUACCACUGUGAAGUGAUGUUUGGGAUUGAAGACACACAAGACACAGUCAGUUUGAAUGUUGAGGGCGUGGUGUUUCACUACAGGUCAAAGGUCAGCAGAUACAUUCUGAACUAUGCACAAGCUGUGCAGACCUGCAGCAACAUUGGAGCCACCAUUGCUACAGCAGAACAGCUGAGAGCUGCACAUGAGGACGGGUUUGAUCAGUGUGAUGCUGGUUGGAUUGCAGAUCAAACAGUGAGAUAUCCAAUCACUAGACCAAGGCCCGGCUGCUUUGGAAAUCUGCCUGGAAAACCUGGUGUCAGGUCGUAUGGCAAACGAAAGCUCACAGAGACCUUCGACGUGUACUGCUAUGUGGAUAAGAUUGAGGGUAAUGUUUUCUUUGCGCCCACACCACGUAAGAUGAACUUUGAUGAGGCCAAGGCUGAGUGUGAAAGCAUGAAUGCAGAACUGGCCUCACCUGGUCAACUCCAUGCUGCCUGGAGACAGGGUCUGGACCGCUGUGAUUAUGGAUGGUUGUCUGAUGGCAGCGCUCGCUAUCCUGUCUCCGUACCUAGAAGUCAGUGUGGUGGUGGUCUGCUGGGUGUACGCACCAUGUACCGCUACCAAAACCAAACAGGCUUCCCAGAUCCCAAUAUAAGACUAGGAGCGUACUGUUUCAAAGGUUCUAAGCUUUUAUUCAACCAGUCCUCUUGGGUGGAUGUCACAGUACAGAGUGGUACCACUAUGGAGCCCACCACUGCAUUCUUCAGCACAGAGACCACCACAUACCAGACUCACUUUCCUGAGGCAAUUCCCUCUCAUGGGUCACAGGCCACCUCUGAUGAUGUCCUUUCUCCAACAGACGCCCCUUCUAUGUUUUCUACAAGCAUGGCACCACCAAAGACGAGCCACGUCCCCGACAGACUAGAAUCUAUCAUCACACCUUUUGCGGAAUCUGACGAAAGCGUUCCAACAACAAAACUUCCAGAUUUUGAGAUUAGUGAUUUUGGCACUGAGAAGGCUGGUGAUGAAGCAAACAUUCGUGGAGAUGUGAUCCGUGAAGAACUUACUACGGCAGUUCCCACAGCCUCAGUUGAAGCAAUGGAGGAGACAGAGGACAUGAGCAUCAUUGAAGUGAAGACUGUUCUACCUGACAUUUUACUCUCAGAUUCUCUAAGCACAAAACCGAUGUAUGCAGUCGGGAAAACAGAGGAAUCUAUUGUGGUUGGGGUUACAACAGACAACAUUUUAGAAUCAGAGGCCACUGUAAUGACAUUAGUAAACACAGAUGUAUCUGGAAACAAAACUGAAUCGUCAUCACUUAGCGAGUCAAUACCAAAAUUGCCAGCACAGAUUUUGAUUCACACAGCUAGUGAGACCAGUGCUGGUAAAGGCAAGGAUGAAUUACACACUUCCACAAAGUCAUCUUUUACAUUGGCAACAGAGGCUACUUUUCUUGAGAGUGCUAAGUCUACUCUGUUCUCUGAGUAUGAAGAUGAGACAGGUGUUGGUGUUGUUAUGGCGGACCCCCCACCUCUGUCUACACAGAGAUCCACCAGCCCAGAACCUCAACAUUCAGAGACCUCUAGUCAAGUAACCAUCGCUGAUUCUACAGUUACACCCACUUUUUUUGUGCAAAGCUUAAUAACUGAAGAAUCUACAGGAACUUCGGGAACCUCCAAAUCAACACAAAAUGCAUCUCAGACAUUCGUCAGCUAUUCAGAAAGCAAAACUGCUCAACUGACUGACCGUGUUACCAAGUCACCAGGUUUGACUUCACCUAGUUCAGCCACAGUUGCAGCAGGAGCAUUGAUGAUGACACAGUCACUUACUGACCAUGAAACAUUACAUGAAGAAGCUACUUCAGCCCCUUCAGAGGUCCCCAGGGAGACACUAACAGAGGCCACAGACACCACCACUGAUUCUGAUCACUCAUCAGUUAAUCAAAAUCUGAUGCCUUUUGGAGAGUCAUAUUCUCACACUCCCCAGUUGGUAGUCAUCCCUGAGAUACUUGAUUAUUUUCUUCCUGUUGAUGGGGAGAAUGUUGUAGCAAGUGAAGAUACCAUGACCCCAACAGUCAGCUUCAUAAAUGGCAAGUUUGAGAUGACACUUCACCCUAAAGAUGUGGCAAAAGAAGUAAGAGGAGAUACGUUUGGAAGUGAUUCUCUUGGAGUACGCAACUUAAGUGAACAAGAAGAAGUAACAUUUAAUUUUGAUAGUUUAUUUGUGGAGGCUGGCAGAACACCACAUGAAUCACUGGUUUCAGGAUCCUCAGUAGUGUCACCCUUGCACUCCACAACCCUUCAUCCAGACAUUAAUUUUGGCCCAGGAGGAAUAGUAGUAGAGUCCACUCCGCCAUCAUCUCCCAUAGCAAUUAGCGAAGAUGAAACACUUGUAUCUGAAGGAACUGUAUCUUCUUUAGUGCAUAGUACUGGCUCAGUAACAGAGGACAAAGUCAAAGAUACAGCUGUUACAACACAGGUCAUGGGAAUGACGACUCAGAAAGAUGACUCAAUCAAAAGGACAACACACACAGUUGAUUCUGGCCUUGUGCCUACUGCUGCACAUAUGGACCAUUUGGAUAGAGACAAAUCAGGCUUAAGCAAUCAGACAACUAAAGAAUCUAAUUUGACAUUACCAACUCAAGUACAUAGUACAACAGCAACAAGAAAAAAGGACAUAACAUUUACAUUUACACCAUCAUCAAGUGUGACUGUUAAAAUGCAGAAAGAGGCAACUUCAGAAUCAAUGAGGCCUUCAACAAAUAAUUUAGAAAUGACAACAGCAAAGCAUAAGCUUUCACCAUCACAUUUUUCUUCUGUUUUACCACCUUCAGAGGCUUCAGGAGAUGAGACUUUGUUUAGAACCACAACAAUAAGUUCUGCAUUGUUUACGAUAACUAAAUCAGACCGAGAACUGAGCAAAACCACGAAAAAAAUCUCAGUGUCCGGCUCAACAGAUGCUGAGAUCACAAUAGAUCAGACAGCUGAGAGACAUAGUAAUCAACCUGUUUCCACUCUUGAUUCUAUUGAAACUAGCACAGAACACACAUUUAUAUCAUUGAGCACUGGGUCUCUAGUUCCAACUAAAAGCACGGAAAUAAUCUCAGGGUCCAGCUCAGCAGAUGCCGAGGCUACAGGAGAACAGACAAAUGAGUCAUAUAGUAGAGAACAUGUUUCCUCUCUUGAUUCCACUGUAACUAGUACUGUCAGUACAUUUACAUCAUUGAGCACUGUGGACUCAACAGGACGAACUGACACAAGUCAAGAUAGAUCACAUACAGAAACAACCACAGCUACUCUGAUGGAGGUCAAAGAUCUGUCAGCAAAACCAUCUGGAGUGGAGUCCACCAUUAUUAAUGUUACAGAUACUCUUUUCUCCUCUGCUCAGACCGGACAUUUAGAUGAAACAUUAUCUGAAAGCAUUGUAACGAGCAGAAUGACUACAAAAAAGACUGAAGAUGUGCUGUCACCGACACAUUUUACAUUAGUUUUGGCAUCUUCUGAACCUGAAGCUUCGGGAGAUGAGACCUCUGACAUAUUUAGCAAGAAGUUCACAACAAGUCCUUCACUGUACAGUGCAACCAAAUCAGAUCUAGAUGAUACCAAAUCCACAGAGACAAUUUCAGUGUCCAGCUUGACAGAUGCUGAGGCUACAGCAGAUAAAACUGAUCACUCAACAGUGAGAACAGUCACAAGCCAAGAUAUUGCAUUUCACAUAGCAACAACCCCAGCCAUGACCAUUGAUGCUACAAAGACUCUGUUCUUCUCCACUCAGACUGAACAUUUAGAUGAUAAAUUAUCUGAAAGCAGUGCCACAUUUACCUCACAGAUGAAAACAGUAAAAGAUAAAAUGUCACCUUUAAGUUUUGCAUCAUUUAUGCCACCAACAGAAUCUGAAGCUUCAGGAGAUGAGACAUCUGACAUGUUUAGCAAAGAAUUUACAACAGCAAGUUCUUCAUUGUCCAGCACAACCAAAUCAGAAAAAGAACUCCGCAAAACCACAGAAACUAUCUCAGGGUCCAGUUCAACAGAUGCUGAUGUCAAAAGAGAUCAGACGACUGAGGGACAUAGUAGAACACCCAUUUCCUCUGUUGGCUCUACUUCAGCUAGCAUAGUACUUACAUUUGAGUCAUUGAUCACUGGGGAAUCAACAGCACGGACUGACACAAGUCAAGAUGUUACUUCACAUACAGCAGCAACCACAACUACUAUAAUGGAGGACAAAGAUCUGUCAGCAAAACCAUCUGAAUCCACAACCAUUAAUGUUUCAGAGACUGUGUUCUCCUAUGGUCAGUCUGAUGACAAAUUAUCUGAAAGCAGUGUUACAAUGAUAUUAGAAAAGACAACUGUCAAAGAUGUACCAUCACCAUCCGGGUUUUCUUUAAGUUUUCCAUCUACAGAGUCUGAAGCUUCAGGAGAUGAGAUAUCUGAUCCGUUUACAAUGACAAAUUCUUCACUUCAUAGUCCAACCAAAUCAGACCAUGAACUUACCAAAACAUCUGACAGGACAGAAACAAUCUCAGUGUCCAGCUCAACCGAUGCUGAAGCUACAAGCGAUCAGACAACUCAGACACAUAGUAGAGAAACUGUUUCCUCUCUCGCCUCUACUGUUACUAGUGCUGUGCAUAAAUUUUCAUCAGUGAGCACUGGAGAUUCUACAGGAGAAACAGUUACAAGUAAAGAUGUUACAUCUCAUGCAGCAACAACCACAGCUACUUUAAUGGAGGAGAGAGAUCUGUCAGCAAAACCAUCUGAAUCCACAAUCAUUAAUGUUUCAGAGACUAUGUUCUCUUCUGCUCAGACUGGACAUUUAGAUCAGAAAUUAUCUGAAAGCACUGUUACAGUAAUCUCAGAGAAGACAACUGCCAAAGAUGCACCGUUAAAAAGUUUUUCUUCAGGUUUGCCAUCUACAGAGUCUGAAGCUUCAGGAGAUGAUGCAUAUGAUAUGUUUAGCAAAGAGUUCACAGCCACAAGUUCUUCACUUUAUUCUUCAACCAAAUCAGACCAUGAACUUACAAAAACAUCAUCUGACAUAACAGAAACAAUCUCAGUGUCCAGCUCAACCGAUGCUGAAGCUACAAGAGAUCAGACAACUGAUACACAUAGUAGAGAAAAUGUUUCCUCUCUUGCCUCUACUGUAACUAGUGCUGUUAGUCAAUUUUUAUCCAUGAGCACUGGGGACUCAAAGGGAGAAACAGUUAGAAGUGAAGAUGUUACAUUACCUUUAUCAACAACCACAGCUACUAUAAUGGAGGACAAAGAUCUGUCAGCAAAACCAUCUGGAUCCACCAUUAUUAAUGUUUCACAGACUCUGUUCGACUCUGCACACACUGGACAUUUAGACAAAGCGUUAUCUGAAAGCACUUUUACAACAGUCUCAGAAAAGACAACCCUCAAGGAUGUGCUUUCACCAUCUAGUUUUUCCUCAAACUUGAUGUCCAUGGAGUCUGAAGCUUCAGGAGAUGACACCUCUGAUUUGUUUAGCAAAGAGUUCACAACAACAAUUUCUUCAAUUUAUACUCCAACCAAAUCAGACCAUGAAUUUACUGAAACAUCAACUGACAUGACAGAAACAAUCUCAUUGUCCAGCUCAACAGACACAGAAGCUGCAAGAGCUCAGACAACUCAGACACAUAGCAGAGGAUCUGUUUCCUCUCUUGUCUUUACUGUAUCUAGUGCUGUAGAUAUAAUUUCAUCACCAAACACUUUGGACUCUAUGGGAGAAACCAGUACAAGUAAAGAUGUUGCGUCUCAUACAGCAGCAACCACGGUUACUCCAAUGGAGGAAAAAUAUCUGUCAGCAAAACCAUUUGAAUCCACAAUCAUUAAUGUUUCAGAGACACUGUUCUCUUCUGCUCAGACUGGACAUUUAGAUGAGAAAUUAUCUGAAAGCACUGUUACAAUCAUUCCAGAGAAGACAACUGCAAAAGAUGUGUUGUUAACAUCCAAUUUGUCUUUACAUUUGCCAUCUACAGAGUCUGAAGCUUCAGGAGAUGAGACAUCUGAUAUGUUUAGCAAAGAGUUCACAACCACAACUUCUUCACUUUAUUCUUCAACCAAAUCAGAUCAUGAACUUACCAAAACAUCAUCUGACACAACAGAAACAGUCUCAGUGUCCAGCUCAACAGAUGCCAAAGCUACACAAGAUCAGACAACUGAGAAACAUAGUAGAGAAACUGUUUCCUCUCUUGACUCUACUGUAUAUACUGCUGUACAUACAUUUUCAUCACUGAGCACAAGGGUCUCAACAGGAGAAACAGUUACAAGUAAAGAUGUUACAUCUCAUUCAGCAACAACUACAGCUACUAUGAUGGAGGAGAAAGAUCUGUCAGCAAAACCAUCUGAAUCCACAAUCAUUAAUUUUUCAGAGACUCUGUUCUCUUCUGCUCAGACUGGACAUUUAGAUGAGAAAUUAUCUGAAAACAAUGUAACAGUGAUCUGGGAGAAGACAACUGCCAAAGAUGUACUGUCAACAAGUUUUUUAUCAAGUUUGCCAUCUACAGAGUCUGAAGCUUCAGGAGAUGAGACCUCUGAUGUGUUAAGCAAAGAGUUCACAACCACAAGUUCUUCACUUUAUACUGCAACCAAAUCAGACCAUGAACUUACAGAAACAUCAUCUGAUAUGACAGAAACAAUCUCAGUGUCCAGAUCAACAGACACUGAAGCUACAAGAGGUCAGUCACCUGAUGUGCCUAGUAGAGAACCUGUUUCCUCUCUUUAUUCUACUGUAACUAAUACCAUACAUACAUUUACAUCAUUAAGCACCAGGGAAUCUACAGGACAAACAGUUACAAGUGAAGAUGUCACAUCACCUAUAGCAACAACCACAGCUACUAUGAUGGAGGACAAAGAGCUGUCAGCAAAACCAUCUGAAUCCACCAUCAUUAAUGUUUCAGAGACUGUGUUCUCCUCUGCCCAGACUGGACAUUUAGAUGAGAAAUUAUCUAAAAGCACUAUUACAGUGAUCUCUGAAAAGACAACUGCCAAAGAUAUGGUGUCACCAUCAAGUUUUUCUUCAAGUUUGCCAUCUACAGAUUCUGAAGCUUCAGGAGAUGUGACCUCUGAUAUGUUUAGGAAAGAAUUCACAAUGUCAAGUUCCUCACUUUAUACUCCAACCCAGUCAGACCAUGAAGUUACCACAUCAUCUAACACAACAGAAACAAUCUCAGUUUCCACCUCAACAGAUGCUGAAGCCACAAGAGAUCUGACAACUGAAACACAUAGUAGAGAAACUGUUUCCUCUCUUGACUCUACUGUAACUAGUGCUGCACAUAUAUUUUCAUCAGUGAGCACUGGGGACUCAACAGGAGAUACAGCUACAAGUAAAGAAGUUACAUCACAUAUAGCAACCACAGAUAUUCUGGUAGAGGACAAACAUCUGUCAGCAAAACCAUCUGAAUCCACAAUCAUUAAUGCUUCAGAGACUCUGUUCUCCUCUGCUCAGACUGGACAUGUAGACGAGAUGUUAUCUGAAAUCACAGUCACAAUGGCCUCAGACCUCAAAGAUAUAAUUUUACAAUCCACAGAGCCUGAAGGUUCAGGAGAUGAGACAUCUGAAAUAUUAAGCAAAGAGAUCACCACCCUUUACCCUUUUUAUGUUUCAAACAAAUCAACUGAACAAUUUACCAAAACACCAUAUAACACAACAGAAGCAGUCUCAAAGUCUAGUUCAACAGAUGCUGCUCUUACAACCACAUUGCCAACAAAGGGGACAACAUCCAAAGAUUUUGUUUCACUGUCAAGUUUUACUUCAGUUUUGCAAUCUUCAGGAUAUGAAGGUUCAGCUAAGCCCUCUCAUAUGUUCACUAAAGAGUUCACAACAACAAGUUCAUCACUUAAUAUUACAACCAAAUCAAAUGAUGAAAUCAUCAGUACUACAGCACAAAAAAUGAAAACAUCUGUCAAAAUGCAAACAGAACAGUCAGCUCUUGCUUCUGGAGUGCAGCCAUCAGAAAACAUUACAUCAACAAUAAAUGUUACAACAACUGUAAGUCGAGAACCAAAGCCAAGCUCAUUUUUUACACACACAGAGGUAGAAGGCUCUGGUCAGCAGACACCAGAGAGGUUCACAAUGGUUCCCUCAUCUAUGAUCAGAACAGUCACACUUCAGGAGGUCAUGACACCUCAAAAAGAGUUUGCCUCUUCAAUGACUGAAUUUAAAGAAGAACCUAGCACCCACCGUACAACAGAAGAAGUUAGCUCAGGAUACACAACAACAGAGCCUGUUAGUACUAUACCUUCUCAUGCUAUAACUGAAUCACAGUUGACUAAACACACCACAGAAUCAAUUAUUACUUAUACUGCAAUUGGAUCAGGUAAACCUAGUCUCACUUUAGAGGCAAAAGAAGAUGACCAGACCACACCUUCAGUUAUCCAAACAACGGCAGUCACUGCCAGUUACGAAGCAACUUCAGCUCCUCUCAGGACAAAAACAAUGUUUACAUCUUCUAGCAAAAGCCAUAGCAUUCACACAACAAUUUCAUCUGAUGACGAGGAUGACACAACAUAUUAUGAAGGAUCAGGGGUGUCCCCUGUUAUGCACAUUUCAUCAGCAGCCAUCAAAACUCAAACUGGUUCUCCUACAGUUCUUAUGACUAGCACUGGCUUCAAAGAAAUAGACAAAGACAUCACUAUAACGCAACAGUCGAGCCCUAUCACAUCUGCCUUUGUAAACAGAGAAGGCUCUGUUAUUGUAGAAGAUGACAAAGAAACUGCUCAAUUAGAAGGUUCUGGUGAAGAGGACAGAGUAAGUCCAACAGAGGAAAUGUCUGAUAAUUAUACUGAUGAGGCAGAAAUCAGUGAGGCUAACCACACAUCAGAGCCAGGGAGUUUUGUAAGUUCCUCCCAUUCCAAAUCCUUUACAACUAAACCAACGUUGUUGUCUAGCACUGUCCGGACAGCAGUAAGAUUGUUAUCUACCGAAGGUAGUGAAAUAACAGCUGAAAGUGAAGUGGAUGAAGAUGAUGGCUCUAGUGGUGAAAUAUCUACAGGAACUCUUGAGUCAAUUCCUCCACAAGAUAUACCCUCUGAGGACAAAACAACUUCAACUACCAUCACACAACCACAGAUAACUGAAGCUGCAACAUCUGCUGUAAUAAUGUCAAGCACAUAUGAGGCUUUAUCAGUUUCUGAUACACAAAAGAGUAUGUUCCAGCCAAACACUCCAGAAACCGACUUAAAUGGGUUCAAAUUAUCAACCACAGAGGAUGACAAGGAAUUUACCUCACCAGGAGAUCCUACUGCUGAGAUAUACAAAACACCAACAACUAAGGCAUAUGAGGACCUAACUGUAAGAACUGAUGAGGCAGAAGUUGAAGAGACGGAACAGAAAACAGGUUUCUCAAGUGUUGCAUCUGUCACUAGCAGUACAGUUUUCAUACAGUCAACUUUAUCCCCAUCUUCCUCAUUACUGACCUCUACCCAGUCAACUGUAAUGCUUGCAACUUCACUUUCAAAGGAUGGCAGUGGGGAAGACUCAACUGAGGGGGAUGGAGCAGAAGAUGAUGGAUCAGGUGAUGAUUCAACACUUGUGACAUCUUCACCUUUGCUAUCAAGCUCAAAGAUGACAGAAACAACAAUUAGCAUGACACCCUUUAGCUCAGUCAACAGUGGACAGUACAGUACAGUCAGAAUUGUUUCACAGGAAAACACAUUCUCAAGCACAAAUGCUGAAGAUUUCACAAUGGUCUCAGUGACAGCACAGACAGAGCAGGAACAUUCUGGUGUUUUUGUCUCAGAUAUAGCAGCCAAUAGCUCUACAACUCCUGGAACACCAUCUGGUAUGAUAACAGGCCACACUAAAUUGCCUUCUUUCGUGACACCUCAAGAUCCUGUGUCCACCAAUACUCCAUUGGUCUUGUCUAAGGACAGUGCUCAUCAGCAAGUCACUCCAACAAGUCCAGUCUUAAUAUUCACAGAGGAGGAGGAAGAUGAAGAUACGCUACUUUCAGCUGUUACAGGGAGUAUAAGAGAUGAUAGCAUCAAACGAGAAGAUUUCACUAAGGAUGACAUAAUUAUUGACGCAGAUACUUUGUCUGUUUUAGAGCAGUCUUCUCCCUUCGCCCCUACAAUUGUUACAGAAGAAGCAGCUGGAGUAACCCCAAUUGUCAUGACGGCACAACCCUCAAACUUUAUGAGAGAGGAGCCAGAAGGAUCUGGAAUGGAUGGCACUGAGUUACCUCAUUUACGUGUGUCAUUUGGAACCACAACAGACAGGUUACCAGUUCUGCAAACCCUACAAACCCAGUCAACUACAGACAUCCUGCUAAGCAGUUCAAGAUAUUUAGAAGAGGACAUGCAAACAACACAAUCUCAUGAGGCUACUGAUGCUGAUGUACCUGAACACACACAAGAUGGUCAGACAGAAUCCACAGAAUUUACAAUGAGACACUCAGGAGACACGUUGUCUACGGAUGAUUGUAUUCUGGAAACAUCCACUUUAACCCCCAUGACAUCUCAAGUGUCCACAGAUAGAGUCAUAGAAAUGUUUUCAGCUGAAGAGCACUCUUCUGAAUAUGUAUCAACACAUACUGGAGAUGAUGUAACAUCUGCCCCAUCAAGUUAUGGACAAAGUGUUUCUUCACAACGCACAGGUGAUAUCACAAUCUCUGAACAGACAGUUUCUCCAGUAUUGGAUGUAACGAGUACUGCAUCUUUCCAUACUGCAUCAAGUGCUAGCAUGACUGAACCCGGCAAAACGACUACAAGUGCACACACAAAAACUGCAGCAUCUGAUAAUAAUGACUUAACAGCUGACACAGAGGAAACAUUGUACAUGACAAGUGCCGAUAACAUUAAACUCAGUAGUCCCUCUACUGAUAAGGUAAUUCAGGGAAGUGAUUUAACAAGCACAGAUGUAUCAACUAGAUCUGGUAUUUCAGAGGAAACCACAAGUGCAUUCUUUUCUUCAACAGAUUAUGGCUCAGGUGAUCAAACAAUUGAAAUGGGUACAGGACUGUCUCAUUUAACAGACCCUCCUUUAGUAUCUAAAUAUGAUUUGUUGUCAUCAUCUCUGAAGAGUGAUAUUGUGAUUCAUUUUGCAACAGCCUCUUUGCCUGAAUCAAUUACAGCAAAUGAUGUGGAACCAUAUCACAAAGCUUUUUCUGAGAUGACAGGGACACAUAAGCCCAACACAGAAGAUGUGCCAUCUCCAUCAACAACCAUUCCCACACAUCUUAUAUCUGCAUUAAAGUUUAAUAUGACUACAGACACAGUAACAUUAGUGGGAUCUCCUUCAUCUACAUCCAUACCAGGAUUGGGCGACAAAACAGGAGCUCCACUUUCCUCUGAGAAAGAGACAGAUGAAAUAAUCGAUUAUGAUACAAAAACUGAACCUUACAUGACAGUAUAUUCCAUACCAGAUUUAAUCAACACAACAAACUUUGACAGUUUGACUGACUUAGACGUUAGCUCAGAAGAGGUGACUAGCAUUGAUGACAUCAAAAAGAGUUUCCCCACUUCACAGCCUGAUGUUAAGACUAGUGUUGAGACCACCUCACAGCCUGAUGUUGAGACUGGUUUUGAGACCAACCCACAGCCUGAUGUUGAGACUGGUUUUGAGACAACCUCACAGCUUAAAGUUGAAACUAGCUUCGAAACCACCUCAGAAUCAAAAAUGGAAACUGGCAUUGAGGACAGUGCAACAAGUGUUGAUGGAAAAAUGCAAGCAGAAGUUUUGAAUACUGAGACCACCUCUCAGCUUGAAACUGAAAUAAGCUUUGAGACUACCAUGCAACCAGACAUUGAGAGUGAACCUACUUUUGAGCGUGUCUCAAGAAAUGAGAGUGAUGCUUCAGUCACCAGCUCACCAAACAGUGGAACAAGUAGUUCAGAGAGAAGCACAUCUGGGGAGGUAAACACCAUAUCAUCCAAUAAGUAUCACACCACAACAAGACUAGAAGUUAUUAUUCCAUCAUCUGAUGAGGUUCAGGCAGUAAUUCUGUCUACUGCUACAACCUCACCUUUACUUAUGACACCUGAUUCUGAUAUAAAGAUUGUUAGCAAGGAAACUGCCUCAAGGAAACAAGAGGCAACUGGUCAGAUUGAGGAAGCUGUAACUCUUAAUACUGAGAUUCCAAUUCAAAAUGAAGAUCAGAUGACAUCGUUAGUACCUACCACCCAGAGGGAGAUUGCUACACCAUUUUCCUCCCUUAAAGAUGUUUCUGAGGCCGCUUUGGUUAGAAGCCCACCUCCAAGUGCACAGAUUGAAAGCAUAACACAUAGUACAGCAGACCUUCCAUACACAAUGAUCGGACAGACAAUUGAUAUUCCAGAUGUUCACUCCUGUUCUGCUGAUGUUUGCUUAAAUGGCGGUUCUUGUGUAAAAAUAGGCGGUGCUCAGAUCUGCAGCUGUCCACCUGGAUACAGUGGUGACCAGUGUGAAAUAGACACUGAUGAAUGUCACACAAACCCUUGUCGUAAUGGAGGAACAUGUAUUGAUGGCCUUAACUCAUUCACCUGUGUAUGUCUUCCAAGUUAUGCAGGAGCACUGUGUGAACAAGACACUGAAACAUGCAGCUAUGGCUGGCACAAGUUCCAGGGUCAUUGCUACAAAUUCUUUCCCCAUCGGCGUAACUGGGACACAGCAGAGCGUGAAUGUCGUCUCCAGGGGGCGCACCUUGCUAGUGUCCUGUCCCAUGAGGAGCAGCAGUACAUCACCCGCCUUGGCCAUGACUACCAGUGGAUCGGUCUGAAUGAUAAGAUGUUUGAGAAUGAUUUCCGGUGGACGGAUGGUAGUGUUGUGCAAUAUGAAAACUGGAGACCGAACCAGCCAGACAGUUUCUUUUCCUCAGGGGAGGAUUGUGUGGUUAUUAUCUGGCAUGAGGACGGCCAGUGGAAUGAUGUUCCCUGCAACUACCACCUCACCUUCACUUGCAAGAAAGGCACAGUGUCCUGCAGUCAGCCUCCUGUUGUCCUUAACGCCCGCACAUUUGGCCAGCUGCGCCCACGCUAUGAGAUCAACUCCCUGAUCAGGUACCAGUGCAUGGACGGCUUCAUCCAGAGACACGUUCCCACCAUUCACUGCAGAGGAGACGGCUCGUGGGAUCUGCCCAGGAUUUCCUGCAUGAGUCCCUCCAACUUCCAAAGGUCCUACGCAAGGUAUGAGACAUACCGAGUUUUUCGCAGUCAUCAGAAGAGAUUGGCAGAACAUUCUGUUGAUGUACCCCGACGACACCAUCACCAUGGUGUAAAACCCAAUCGGACACAACAAUAGUUGCUGUUUUAACCCAAGCCUUUUAAUGUAUUUUGAUAGCAUAUGACGGAUCUGCCUGCUGGCUGAAAGAAAAGAUUAUAAAAGAAAAGAUUCUUAAAAGGACCAGAAAAGAGUGGAAUAUCACUGGAAUGAAAGAGUGGCUUUUUAUCUUUUUAAGAGAGAUGGUUUUUAAGAACUACAUAAAGGACACAUUCAGCUGGCCUCUGAAAACACAGAGUUAUCUGACCUGCCCUCCAUCUGUUCUGCUUCUUUUUGGGAAUACACAGUGCUUUCAUAAAUUUUAACUCACAAUCCAGAUGUAAGUGAGCUAUAUUAAUGCAACCUAUUUUAGCUUCUAAACAUAAUGGUACAUUUUGAUACACACUUUGCCAUAUGAUUCUUUCAAUCUUUCUUCAAAUUUACAAGAACCACAGGUGUAUGCAGACAUCCUGCUGUUUACUGAACAAAUGAGAAAUCAUACAAAAGAAUGUGAAGAAAAUAUAUAUUUAUAUAGAAAGUGUGAGCAAUGGCUUUCAUGGAGUCAGUGUUUGUUGUGGUACAAAAAGGCCAAUAAUAUCAUUUAAAAACUCCAUCCAAUGCAGUGGAUGGUUUUGAUAUCUUAAAGUCAACACAAUGUGUUUUAAUAUUUUUAAUACAUUGACUUUAAGCUAUUUACUAUUGAAAAGCCAUGUAGAUUGGAGAUUAUUUAUAUUACUCUCUUUGAUGUUUCCUUCAAGUGUUAACAAUGCAAAUCUGUUUCACACACAUUUAAUUCCGCCGUCAGUUAUGUAUAAACCAAAAAUAAUUUACUUCACAUCAUUUUCAUCAACAUUUUCAUUAUCUUUUUCUCAGACAGUUUAACACUACUUUAAAGAGAAUGUACUUUGUGAGAUGCCUAAAAGACUUGAGCGAGUGCCUUUUUAACAAGAUGCCUCUAAUUUAUUUCUUGCGCAGCUCCUUGUUUUUUCAUUGUUGUUGCGAGAUAGAACACACUGAGGACUUCACUUGGCCAAACUGUACAUUGAUGGAGUUCAGUAUAUUAGUGUAGAGCACAGUGUAUCCAUAGCUGGCAGUGAUGUGACUAAUAGAUGACAUUAGGAACUCAGAAUUUUGGAUUUCAUUAAGACAUUCCCGGUGUAUCAAUGGACCAAAAGAAGAGGAUUCAUACAGUAAUAGGAAAUGUUUGUUGAACUGGUCAUCCUUUUGUUUAUUCCCAAGCAUUUUUUCUUUAAGAUCUUUUCUUUUGUGUGUUUACUUCUUGUGUUUUUUUUUUUAUUUUAUUUUUAUUUUUGUUCCCCUCUCAAAAGUGCACAUACCUUUUUAUAUUUAUAGUAUAACUUGUUUAUUGUCAAAUGUGAUUGUUUGGAAUGUUUGUGACAUGGAAAAAAAAUUGUAAGGAAUGUUUUUUAUGCCUUCUGUGUAAACAAAGUCUAUUAUAUUCUA